CUUUCUUCAUUAGUCGUCAGUUUCUCAUUGUGACUCUGAUUAGUGAUGUUCCGGUUAGUGAUCGAGAUUCAAAUUUCGAUUAUUACGCAAUAAAAAAUUCCUUCAGAAAUUGAAAUCUUUAUUGAUUCACACAGCGAUGGAUGGUUUACCAAUAAUCGAUUUACCGAUGCUGAUAGGGUUCUUUGACAGAAAAAACUACCAGUUUGAUGAAGAAGCAGUAGAAAGUAUGCUUUUGUUUGAUCUCGAAGGUCACGGACAUCAAGUAGUUGGCAAUAUCAAAGUAGAACGCAAGGGAGAUAUCGCGACUCUGGAAGCUGAUGUUUCAUUUUCUGAAACCGGAUAUUCCUCUGUUACCAUUGAGGUUAACGAGAAGAAUUUAACGAUAAACAAAGCAGCGUGCAAGUGUGUUGCUACUGAUAAAAAUCUCUGUAAUCAUGUACCUUUUUUACUAAAGUGGUUGGUUGCUAAAUCCGAAAAUAAUAAUCGUCCGAUUAGUUCUCAUUCUACAUCGAAAAAAAUUCCAGUAUUUGAUGACACUCGUUGCUCACAAAAUCUAGCAUAUUAUCUAGACAACCUAGAUCUGAACGAAAAUGCCCCGGUAACCAAGACGAUUUAUAAACCUGAGAGAUUUGAUAGAGAAUCGGCUGAAAUUGACUUCUACAAUGAAAUUUUGGACGAUACUGAUCCUCAUUUCAUGACAGAAAUUUCAAGCUGUUCUUUAUUUUCAAUGAAAUUUCGUUACGAUACUGAAUAUUAUGAAAUAAUUACUCCCGACGGGUUUAUCAGAGACGCGAGAGCGAGUAUCAAAGAAGAAACGUGCCUGGAGAUAGAAAAGUACACGACAUUCAAACGGUACAAUCGGGUUUGGCGCGAACUGAUGUUCGGAAGACUCACUCAAGUGGACUUGAGAAAUUUAGUUGAGAACCCGGCAUACUUUCGUACAAAACCACGAAUAUUAGAUAUUUUGAAUUUGAAAAUUGAUCAUCAUUGUACUGAAAAGCACACCCGAAUAAAUCAAAGCAAAAAAUUUAAGUGCCAAGUUCUUGACGCUAUUAGCGGGCGCAUCGAUAAGCCGAUUGAUAAAGCUGGCUUAGUUUUGAACAAAAAUUAUCCGGUUUUUUUCGCAACACCUGACGGUAUCGGCGACAAUUUCGUUGUGGAAAUAAAACGACCUACCAGUCAUAUUUUUAUUGAAAAAUAUUAUCGAGAAGAUCAACUAACAGACGCAGCUAAAGCUGAGAUCCAGCUGCAGAUGCUGUUGUCCGGAAAGAAAACUGGUUAUUUUUGUGUUGUUGAUCCAUAUUUUAAUACUUCUCGUAAUAUUGAUAUCGUCCAAGUUGAGUUUGAUCCAGAUUUUAUCAAUCCUAUUGUUGAUAAAGCCCGGACUUAUUGGAUAGAAAAUUGUUUUCCGAAAAUUAUAAAACAAACAUACGAACAAUUAAACGAAAGUUUUUGACUUAUUGUAGGUUCUGAGUAGUUGGCGCCUAUUUCCCAUAAAAUUUUUUUUUUUUAAAUUUAUUUUUUUCUAAAAGUUUAUAUGCCGCAAUAAUUUUUAAAAAUUAUUCGUAUUUUCUAGACUAGGCUUUAGUAUCAUGAGUACAAUUAUUGAUUAAUUAUCUCAAUAAAAAAUAAAACUGCUGGUAAUUGCAUACUUUGCCAUAAAUAAUUUAAUAAUUAAUAAUUUUUUUUAUUAAAUAAGAGUUUUCAUACAUGAGCGUUAACAAAAAUUAUUUUCUGUUAUUACCCUAGAGUAAAAU